AUGGCUGAGAUGUUUGUGUUCACCGCCACCUUCCCCCCCGGCAUUUCCCGGCCCCCGCAUCCGGCUAUUGUGCCCCCCCAUCCGGAGCCGGAUCCAGCCCCGUGCGGGCGGGAGGAACCGGGACUUCGGGAGGAAACGGGGAGGCUGAGGCUGGCCAGGGCCGGCAUGGCGGGCGGCUGGGAGACAGCGCUGGGCCUGGGGCUCUGCCUCGCCGCCCUGCACCGCGGAGGCUGCCACCUCCCCAGCGUGGCCACGGCACCCCAAACUCCAGCUGUGCUGCGGGACAAUUUCCGCCUGCAGCCGGGCGAUUUGGUGACCACAGCGGGACAAGCAUUGGAGCUGGAUUGUGUCCCCCCCUUGGGGUACCCCGAGCCCUACAUUACCUGGAAGAAGGACGGGGUGACCCUGGACUUGGGAGGUGGCAGGUACACGGUCACCAAGGGGAAGUUGCAGGUGGCAUCGGCGCAACGGAGCGACUCCGGUCUCUACAUCUGCGUGGCGGCCAACGCGGCAGGCAGGAGGGAGAGCCGGGGCGCCCGCGUCUCUGUGCUGGAGAAGCCGAGCAUCGUGCGGCACCCCAGCGAUGCCAUGGCGGUGCCUGGCAGCACCGUGGAGCUGGGCUGCAGCGCCCGCGGUGACCCAGCGCCGCAGGUGCAGUGGCACAAGGAGCACGGAGACCUGCCCUGGGGCAGGCACGAGGUGGACCGGGAGCACACGCUGCGCCUCUAUGCCGUGACGGCCGCCGACGCCGGCGCAUACGUGUGCACAGCGCAGAGCCAGCUGGGCACCGCCGCCGCCACCACCGUCCUGCACGUGCAGGAUGGGCUGGCCACGAGCCAGCAGGACUCUGCCCCGCGGGAGCUGCUGGCCGUGCGGCUGCACCUGGACAACGGCACCGCCCUGCCCACCGCUGCUGUGCAGCUCCGCUGGCAGAUGCUGAUGCCGGUGCCGGUGCCCGUGGGCUACGUGGUGCUGUACCGCAGCCUGCUCCCGGUCGCCACCUCCUGGGUCCAGCACGAUGCGGGCAGGGAGCUCAGCGCCACCAUCCCCGCGCUCCGCAGGGGCUACAAGUACGAGUUCAAGGUCCGACCCUACACCGGAGGGACCCAGGGCUCAGACAGCAACAGCAGGCACCUCUGGAUACCCGAGGAAGUGCCAAGUGCAGCCCCCCAGCGUGUCACCGUCAGCCAGGCUGAGGCAGGGAAUGGCACCGUGGUUGUGAGCUGGGAGCCGCCUCCUCCUGAAGCACACAACGGCGUCAUCCGGGGCUACCAGGUCUGGUCAAUGGGUGAGGGCUGGCAGCGUCCCACCAACAGGACAGUGGACGGAGCCACGCGCCGCCUGGAAACCCUCCUCCCACACCCCGGGGCCGAGUUCUGUGUCCAGGUGGCCGCUUUCAACAGCGCAGGGCUGGGGGUCCCCAGCAAUGCCACCUGUGGAGUCCUGGGGCUGGCAGCAGGGAGCAGCAGGGUGGUGCAGGCGCUGCGGCAGCCUGCUGUCAUCGCAGCCGCUGGUUCCAUGCUCUGGUUGGCCUUACUCGCCCUCCUCCUCCUCCUGUGCCAGCGCCGUGCCAGCCAGGACGCUGCAGCUCGCCACAGGCUGAUGGCUGGUGACUCUCCGUGGCUUGGUGGCCCCUGGAAACCCAGCUGUGCCCCCCGAAACCUCAGCAGCAGCAGCAGCCUCAGCAGCCGGCUCCUGGGCAGUGAUGGCAGGGACCCCCACCCCUCCAGUGAGCCCAGAGAUUGGUGUCCCCACCCACUGCCAUGGGACCCCCACCCCUCAGCCCUCUCCUUGGAGCCGUCGAGCCUUGGUCCCCCCACGCCCCCCAUCCACAGCAGCCUCUGUGGGGGACACCCGGCCCCCCUCGGGGACAUGGGGUGCUGCGCUGGGGGGCACCCCGGGGUGCAUUCCUCGCCCAGCACCCCAAACCCGGCGCCCUGGGAGCGUGUCCGCAAGAGAGAGCUGCACCAGGUGCACAGCACCCCGCUGCUCGUGGCUGGCCCCAGCCACGUCCCUGUCCCUGUCCCUGGAGGCGAGUGGGGCACAGAUUUGGGGCUGGCAGCCAGGCAGCCUCAGCACAGGGGACAUGAGGGUGGCACUGCCACUGCCAGGAUGGACAGCAGGGGCCCGCGGCCACCGGCCUUCAGCUCUCCAAAGCCACACCGGGGCAGCACCCCGCUGGCCUCUGGUGCGACCACGUCACCGGUGACACCCCCGAGACCACCCCAUGGCUGGCACCCACCGGUGACACGGUCCCCGACCUUCGUGUGCCCCAGGGACACAUCUCUGGUCACCAGGCAUCCCAAGGACGUGUCCCCAGCCACUGGGAUCCCCAGGGACAGGUCCCCAGUCACAGAGAGCCCCAGGGGUGUGUCACCGGCCACCAGGAACCCUAGGGACAUGUCCUUGGUCACUGAGCACCCCAAGGACAUGUUCCUGGACAGCAGGCAGCCUAAGGAUGUGUCCUCAGCCACCAGGACCCCCAGGAACAUGUCACCAGCCACCAGGCACCGCAAGGAUCCAUCACCAGCCACCAAGCACCAGAGGGACACAGUCUUGGCCACCAGGCAGCCUGAGGACACCUCCCUGGUCACCAGGUGCCCCAGAGACCCUUUGCCAGUAGCCAGGUGCCAGAGGGACAUCUCAGUGUCCACCAGGCACCCCAAGGACAUGUCCCCAGCCAGCAGGCACCCAAAGGACACAUCCCCAGGCACGAGGCUCCCCAAGGAGAUGUCACCAGGCACGAGGCACUGCAGGGACAAGUUCCUGGCCUCCAGGGACAUGUCCCUGUGCAGCAGGUCCCCUGAAAACAUGUCACCAGCCUUGAGGCAUCCCAAAGACACAUUGCCAGCCACUGGGCACCCCAGGGACACAUCCCCACUCAGCAGGCACCCUGAGGAGAUGUCACCAGUCCUCGAGCACCACAGGGACAAGUUCUGGGACACCAGCAGGUACCCUGAAAGCAUGUCACCAGCCUUGAGGCACCCCAGGGACACAUCUCCAGCCACCAGGCACCCCAGGGACACAUCUCCAGCCACUGGGCACCUCAGGGACACAUCUCCGGCCAUCAGGCAUCCCGAGGAGGUGUCUCCAGUCACUGGUCACCAGAAGGACAUGUUCUUGGACACCAGGGACAUGUUCCUGGCUACCAGGUACACCAAGGACAUGUCCCUGGCCAGCGGGCGCCUCUCGCUGGCAUUCAGCGAUGGGGUCCUCACACAACAGCAGGUGGCUGAGGUGCUGGAGAUGGACCAGGACACCACCUGCUGCAGACCCCCAGCACCGACCAUACCACGCUCCUUCUCACCACCGCACACCUACGGCUACAUCUACGGGCCACCGGCCUCUGAGCUGGGUGAGGAGGAGGAGGAAGAAGAGGAGGAGGAGGAAGAGGAGGAGGAGGAAGAGCACACAGCAACGGGGGGCUCGCCAGGAGGGUCGCUGCUGAACGGCUGGGGGUCUGUGUCAGAGGACAACUUUGCCAGCACCCGCUGCAGCCUGGUGAGCUCCUGCGACGGCUCCUUCCUGCUGGACGCCAGCUUUGCCCGCGCACUGGCCGUGGCGGUCGACGGCCUCUGCUGCAGCCUGGAGGACACUGAUGGGGCCUACGGGGGUCCCUCACCACCACCAUCGCCCUUGGAGCAGGUCUUCCCACCCGGAGCCCACUCUGCCACCUGGGACUGGUGGAAGGUGCUGGAGGUGCCACAGAGAGCCAGGACAGAGGCAGCCGUGAACAGCAGCUCACAGAACGGUGGCCAAGGGCCAGGGAUUGGCAGCUCCUGGGCCAGGGAUGGUGGCGAGCUGCAGACGGGAGGGACAGGAGCGUGGCAGUCCCCAGGGCGCAGGACACAGCCAGGCCAGAGCCCUGGCUCAGCUAAAAUCCAGCUUUAUUGGGCAGCUCCCCAAACAGGGGCUCUUUACUAG